CUCAUUACGCCGCUAUAACAAUACCCUUGUACUCCGUACAGCGUUGGCACUAUAUGCGCUAGUACUGACACUCACCUUUCCUCUUCCGUUGCAGCCCUCAGGAGAAACAAACCGUUGCGAGACUACUCCAUAGCACCUAUCCAUCUCCCAAACUCCUUUCCAGAAAAUGGAUAUCAUUCACUUGCAAGAAAGAUACAAACUUCUAGGAUGGGGUGACCUUGGCCACAUUUUCGAGCUAUCUGACAACAUUGCUCUGAAGUACGCAACAUCCAAUGACGAUCCGCGUUUCGAGGACGAGAACCGAAUUUUUGACUUGCUUGAACGCCAUCCUCCCUGCCCUCAUAUCGUCCACAGCUUUCUCCGUUUCCCAAAUCUAAAUUUCAUGCAGCGGCUCUCGGGGAAUCUUGAGAUGCGACUUCGAAGCCGACAAAGAAGAAAUUCAGCCACCGACCAUGUCGUGGAAUGUGUUCCUCAUCCCGAGCAUUUAAUUUUAAGAUGGGCAAAAGAGUUGACAACGGCUGCAGCUUGGCUCGAAUCUCUUGGACUAGCACAUGGUGAUAUUCGACCCUCGAACCUCCUUCUUGAUGCCGAAGACCACCUCAAGCUGGCUGACUUUGAUAACACACAUGCUAUUGGGACUGAGGUUGACGUGGGGAGUGCACCAUAUUCUAGAGCACUAGGGGAUGAAGCUGGUGGCCUCCGAGGCUCUUUUGGUCUUCUAGGUCCACGCACUGAACAAUUUGCCAUCGGUUCAGUUUUUUACUAUAUGGUCAGGGGGUAUGAACCAUACGAUAAUCACUACUACGGGGAGGAUCACGGUCCUAUCACAGUCAAUAAGCUGCAGAGAAUGGAAUUCCCUGAUUUGGACUUAAACGACAUAAAGGACCGUAUCAUUCACGACUGCUGGUAUGGGAAAUUUGAUUGUAUCAAGAAUCUCGCAAGGACUGUUGGUUCGCUCGGAAGCCAACAUCAAGUUCUGGGAGAGGCAUUGAGCCCUCAUUUGAUUAAAAUCAGAAGAGAGGAAUGUGAGCAGUAUAUGACGACUUUAGUUCCUGCGCCUCUGCCGCUCGCACACCACGGUUCGGGAAUACUUGUCGACAGCGGCGCGGUUUUGGAUUGAGGCAGAAUUCUUCUAGUCGAGACAUCGGCUGACUCCUUAAUCCAGGUAGACUCCCUCGGAACAUCAUUUGAACGGAAUUCGAAUGGCCUGAUGAAGACUUCCAGAAACAGUUCAGCCGGCCAUCCUGCUCCUUUCUAUGUUUCCGAUAGCUUGUUCUCGAAUUUUAACAGGGAUAGGGUCAAGAGGUUGAGAGGGUUAUGUUUUCGGAGUCCAACAGGGCCGCACGCGUCACAGAGGACGACAGAGUUUGCGUACUUUUCACAAGUUGUCUCCCCUUAUUUUGAUGGCCCGCGUCGGAAUGCGGUAUUUCCUUGACGUUGAAGCUGCAGACCCCUCUGCAGGUACGUAGCCCGCGCCCUGCAUACUCGCCUGGGGAAACUCACGUACAAGAAUUGUGACAUAUUUGGAAGGGGUAUAGCUCUGGGGUUACACAAGACAAGUGUCCGCUCGACGGUGUAAGAAGUUCUUGCGUUGGGCAGAAAAUAUGUACAGUAUUGUGUCUUUUUGGCUAUAGCCGCAUUUCCCCCAUCGCGUCCUCGAUUCAAUACAUAUCAUAAAAU